GAUCCGCAGAAUGCACAACGCCGCCAAAAUCCUGGACGUCGACGGUGAUUCCGUGUAAGCUUUGCUGGCACCCUUGGUCCAACGAACCAUGAAGCACGUCGGCGUGUUGACCGCCGCUACAAGCACACGCCGCGAGCCAUGACCCUCUUGAAAUUGAGCGUCCUGUUGUGUGUGCUGGAGGACGAUUGUCGCGACCAUCGAACUUACACUCCUCACCACCUGCCUCACCACCGAGAUAUGUAACGACGACUUGUUGAGCUUCCUCACUGUACAAGAGUGUUUCAAUCUUCGCAAAUUUACUCACGAGCCACUCACAAAACCUCAACCGCAAGAUGGGUUGCAAAAGCUGCGGAGCCACUGACCACCAGCGCCGGAACAGCAAAAAAUGCCCGCGCAAUCUCAAAUAUGUUCACGUGGAGCCGACGUACAACGAGCCGAACCUGCUGAGCAAGCUACCAUUGGAGCUGAAGGACGCCAUCGCCAACCUACUGGAUGUCAAGUCGCUCGCAAGGCUGAGCAUGGUCGAUAGAAACUGGAACAUGAGCAUAGACAACGACGACUUUUGGGAGAGGAGCUGUCGUCGGCGUGGCCUGAAGAAAUCGACACGGGUCAGCGAAAUAUCUCACAAGAACCUUGUCGUCUCCUCCUGUACGAAACGUUGCGUCCGGUGUUUGGGAAAGAAGGCGUCGCCGUCAGUUUUCGUAUCGAACCUCUACCUCUGUCGUCCUUGUGGCAAGAGCGACACGAAAAUCACAGUUACAAGGGCGCGGAAGGAGUACAAACUCAACGACCAGGACCUGGCUGGGCUACCUCACGUUUUCGUCGAAAAUCCGCAUUACCGAAAUGCUUCGGCCAUGACCUUGUACCAACUGAGCGACAUCGUCGCCAAAGCACACGACAAGUAUGGUGGCCCUGAAGGUCUUUUGGAAGCACAAGAAAAAGGAAAGAAACGUUCGGAGGCGAUCUUAAGAACGAAGGCCAUCAAACGGGACGAACGACGCGCCGCGCUUGAAGCCGCCCUCGAAGCCGUCCAUCUCGAGUUGCGUGAAGAUUCUGUCAUGUGCGAAAAAUAUGUGAACGGAGUCUCUCGGUUUUCCCUGGAAGAAACAGUUGGCAUUAUGAUAGAGGCGCACGUGCGACAUGAGCAUUCCCCAUAUGAGACGCUCCUAGACAGCAAUAUGGACGAGGCACGGAGGGAGCUCGGCCACGAUGAAUGGAUAUCAUACGAUGAAAGGCGCUCUUAUUUCCAAAACAUACGCGACGAGACGGAAGACGAGGCGGUGGCGCUCUACGAAUCCACUCUACGGAACCAUGCCGAUAUCAUCGAUACUUUCGAGCGCUGUCGGUGUGGGAAACCGUUGUUUCCAGAAUCCUUGAUGCUAGGCGGCAAAUAAGUCGAGACAUUUGUUCC